CAGUUUCUUCCCCAUUCCAAAUCUCCUCUCUCUCUCUCUCUCCUCCUUCCUCCUCCUCGUCCUCAUCCUCUCAUGGAGUCGUUGAUGGUUAACUACGCUUCUUCCGACGAAGACGAAGAAGAUCGCCGCGACGAACCCCAAUCUCACCCGACCUCUCGCUCCUCUCCUCCUACAACCACCGCCUCCUUCUCUUCUCUGCCUCCUCCGAAAUCGUCAUCUUGUUCUCCCUCCGCUUCUCUCUUCUCCUCUCUCCCCCAGCCCAAGCAAACCCUAACUCCUUCCUCUUCUUCUUCUUCUCGCUCCGACGCCAAAGCCGUUUGCUCCGAUGAAGGAAGCUCCAAGUCUACCGCCCCGGUCGCCUCCGGAUCCUCCUCCAGGCUCUUCUCGUCCCCUCAGCCAAGACAGCAAUCGCUGUCGAGCCUCCCUCCGGCGAGCGCGAACUCCGGCGCGAAGCGGAUCGUCCAGUUCAGGCCUCCCGUCCACCCUUCGCUCGCGAACCCUGGCGCAGUCGACGACGACGAAGAAGACGACGAGGGUGAGAAGGAGAAGGAGCGCAAGCGGCAGCGGGAAUCUGAAUCCGCGGCUCAGGCUUCCUCCGUCAUGUCCUUCCUCUCGAGCAUUCCCGCGCCGCGGAACUCCUCCACUUUGGGCGCCCUUCCUUCCGCUGGUUCUGGCCGGAGAUCGGUCGUUGAGACCGAUGCCCCUGCUGUGGGUUCUACUGGCUUGGAAUCGAGCAAUGGCGGUAAUAAUCAAAACGUCGGUAAUUAUAGCACUUAUGAGACUUACGAUUCAGGGAUUGAUCGAAAUGGGGAGGCUUCUGAGUAUCACGAGGUUUAUGGAAGUCAUCAAGGCGGCUAUGAUCAGAAUGCCAGCGGGAGUGAUAUUUCAUACUACGGAGGAUACGAGAACUAUAGUAAUCAUGUGGAGUAUGGUAAUUAUGCGAAUCAUUCAGAUUAUGCGACUGUGGCAUCCGCUGGAGUGGUGCAGGAGAUGAGCGACAGUGCAGUGAGAGUUUCGGGAAAGAGAGGCAGGAAUGAGGUUCCAGCAGAAAUAGUGGAGGUGAAGCAGGACGAGUUGAUGAAGAAUCGACCUAGGGAGGACCAAGUGAAAAUGACUGGGAUUGCUUUUGGACCGGCUUAUCAGCCUGCUUCAACAAAGGGAAAGCCUUCCAAACUGCAUAAGAGGAAGCAUCAGAUUGGUUCUCUGUACUUUGAUAUGAGGCAGAAGGAGAUGGAGCUUGCAGAACGGCGUGCAAAAGGCUUCCUUACAAAGGCUCAAACGCAAGCAAAGUACGGAUGGUAAUAAGGAAGGUGGAGGAUGAGCUUCCAUGUGAAGAAAAUUAGUGGUUGGGCAGUGUUUUAGUUCAUCAGAGUUGCUGUGUGGAUGCUGUUGCUGAGACAGGAGGAUGGUGAAAAUGGUCGGCAACUUGGCAGAAGACUUCGACUGAUGGGGGGGCCUUACCUCUUUCUUGGAAUUUACCGUUAGUGGUAAAAUCUCAUCAUACUUGCCGUGCUUGUCCAUGGCCUUGUAGCUUUGCCGUGGGAUAUUAUUGUGUUCUGCGCCCGUGGCCAUAUUUCAAGUGUGUCCAAAUGGCUAAAAAGUUGACUGUUUGGCAUAUGAUUUGGAUUGAAUAAAUAUCAACUGGAAGUAAAAAAAAGGUUCAGGGGUA